AUGUCCUGUUGGUAGAAGGUAUCAUUUGGGUAGUGUACGUUUUUGGGAAAAAAAGACAAAUUAUGUAAAUUAGAGUGAAUGACACCAUGCAAAUUAGGAUUUAUAGCUUGACUUUUGGCCUUGAUUGCACAGAUGGAUAAAAAAUCUUUGUCUUCGUAGAGGUCCGCCCAAGAGUGUCUUCUUUGAGGUCCGCCUGUUAGCUCGACCUUCUUGGCUUCACUUUUCUGAUAUGCCAAAUGACUGAAGUUCUCACUCCAGAUAUUAAUAUAGAGCUCACUGGAUGUUUAUUUAUUUCAGGAGAAAUCCAUCUAACGCCUCUCAAGGGUGUGAUUCAAUUAAGACCAAGUUUUGAAUAUUUGGAUCGGAGUAAGGAGAAAAAACCAGAUACUAAUGAUGAAGGUUCGUAUAGGUUCUGUAAAGAUACACAUACCUGUGGAACUCAAACUCGAUAAUCAGGGGCACCGGGGGCACCUAUCCUGUUGCCCAAACAGUAGCGAGUUUGGCAACCAACAAAGGCGACAGCAGGAAACAAAAUUACUUAAACUUUUGUAUUUAAGCCAAAACAUACAAUACUAAAUUUAGUAAACUUUUAAAAGCACUUAAAUUUCUUUCACACAUGACACAACCCUACCAUAGGCGGAUUUACUGGGGGGGGAGGGGUUAACCCCCUAGAAUCUCUCUAACCCCUCUUAUAAAGUGUUCAACCCCACCAAAAUUUCGCUUCACCCCUCCUAUUCUGUGCGAAAGUCUUUAACCAUAAUGCCUAAACCUGCCAAAGCUUGCUCAGUGGUGCCACUAAAAUUUUUUGCAACCCUCUUUUAAAAAAAAUGAAAAUCCGGCCUUGAACCCUACACAAUAAACAUGCCAAUCAAUAUUUCCAGGUGACUCGCAAGAUGAGGAUGAAGAAAAACCCACAGCAUUAUUGGUAGGAUAUGUGGCAUGGCCAGAUUUUGAGGGGAGGUGUGGGGAGGUGCACACCUCCCCUGAGAUUGUUUUGCACCUCCCCAGAGAAUUUUUGCACCUCCCCUGAUGAAUCAUGCACCUCGCCUUGGGAAAGUUUCAAUGAUAGAUCAAAGUGAAAAUUUGACAUUUUUUGGUUGCUUAGGAUCUACACUUCGUAAGAACGUUUCUCUGUAAAAUUGAAACUGUGGGCGCUUUCCAUUAACACGGCUAGACCGGUCAAAUUGUUGAAUGGAACACAAAACGUUUGGGCUUCGAACCUAUCUGACCGGAAAAUUUAUAUAACAUUAGAAUGAGGUCCAUUUUCGCUAGAUAUUUGAGAAAUAUAGACAAGAUCUUUCCAUUGAUACAGAGAAAAGAAUUCGGGUCUGACCGGUCAGGCCAUUAAAUGGAAAGAGCCCUGUGAUAGCCAUUCGUCUCUUUGUCAAGUACCCUUUUAAUGCAAUGUUUGGAAAGACAAUUUAUAGUAAUGUAAUGAAUGGCAAAAUUGGAUGAGUUGUACAGUCAUAAUUCAUUAAUACACUGAUACAUAUAUGUACACUACAUGCAUACGUCACGUCAUUGACUUUGACCCGUAACAUUCUAAGCCCUAACUUUCCAUGGGGGUUGUGAGCUGGACUGCUGCACCUCCCCUAAAUUUUUUCCACCUCCCCCACUAUUUCCACCAAGAUCCGGCCUUGGUAUGUGGUGAAAGAAUGUUUCUGUACAAUAUGUCUGUGCAGUAUAUAUACUGACAAGGAUUUCUGAAUUCUAGGUCAGAUUUGCAAAGAAGGAAACUGAUCAUGCUAAGGCUCAGAGGUUGUUGUCUUACCAACAUAUGCAGAAACAGAUGGCGGAAGAACCGUGGACUGAUGUGAAUUAUUUUGGAAUUAAUGUAGGUUCAAUAUGCUGCUGUUUGUCUCGGUACAAAUAGAAGAAAAAAAUAUUCACUGCGCAGAGUCUUGGCAGGUCUCCGGCACUCAGUCUACGGGUUGGUGGGUGGGGCCGCCUAGAAUCCUAUGAAAUGACCUUUGAUUUUCGAUAAGUACACUGUAUGUGCCAGGGGAAGCCAUUUGAAGUACCACCGCUAGAUUUCGGUUCAUCAUUCUUCAUGAAAGUCUGGAGGUAUCCAUCUUCAAUCAUUCGAAUCUGAGUUGUGGUAACGGCAAUUGCUAGAUAGUAUACUUCAAAAUAAGCUUUCCGUUUUUAUAUCAAUUUUUAAAAUAAGUUAGGGUUAGGGUUAGUAUCAGGGUUGGGGUUUAGUUUUGCGUUAGGAUAGUUUUUUCUAUGUUAUAAAAACGGAAACCUUAUUUUGAAUUAUACUAUCUAGCAAUCACCUUGUGGUAACCAAAUGAAACGAAAUAUAUCUAUAUAAUUUCACCUGCCAUUUUUUUUUGAAUUGGCAAUUCAAAUUUGUUUUUGCCUGCCAUUUCUAAAAUUUGGCCUGCUUUUGGCCAUUGGCAGCCCGCUAUUUCGAGCCCUGGGUGUGUGGGGAGGUGCGCACCUCCCCUUACAUCCUUUUGCCCCUCCCCUGAGAAUUUUUGCACCUCCCCUGAAAAGUCAUGCACUUCCCUUGGGAACCCUGGACUCCUGGAGUACAUAUUCAAUUUUUCUACUACACAGCACGCCAAAAGUGUCGACGAGCGAAAUUUACUGUUUUGUCAAGAAAUGAAUACCGAAGUAUUGGAAUUUGAUCCGUCGUCGAGGUUUGUCGUUUGUUGAAAACUGUAAUAUAUACAGUGUAUAUAAUAUGAGUUGAAGAAGUUGAAUUUUUCGCAGCUGUUCCUGGUUAGGUGUAAUAAAUGUAUAAAAAUUUCCACUUGAUAAUUUCCAUCUACAUAACCCUUCAAUAAUAAUAUUAUUCAAUCGAGUGAAAUGCCAACAAAAUUUCGAUAUAAAAUAUAAAAUUUACAACAAAAUUUCGAUAUAAAAUUUCGAUUAUAAAACAUUCAACCACGAUAUCAGUUUACGGAAUAGCGAAAUCCAUACUCAGUCUGAUGAAUAUAUUUUGGUUUUAUAGCAAUUACGUGGAGAGAUUAAUGCCUUCUACAGCAGAAACGUCAAGGUACUGUAUGUUUGGAAGAAAACCCAUUCAUUAGCCAUUUCGAAGUUGAUGAGUGGACUGGGGAGGAGUGUUAAAAAGUGCCCAAAUUAAGAAAUGAACCAAAUUACUAAAAAGACCACCUCAAAAUUAGUAAGUGUACAAAGUUUAAAGACGUUUACAUGAAUAUCCUUCGAAUAAUAAACUUUCGAAAAUCUGAUAUUUACUAUGAAAUGUAUUGCAAUUUUUGUUUUUGGGACGCGCGUCCCAAAAACAAUCUUUUAAUCAGUAAUUUCAUAAUUUUCGAAAGCUUAUUAUUCGAAGGGUAUUCAUGUAAACGUCUUCAAACUUUGUAUACUUACUAAUUUUGAGGUGGUCUUUUUAGUGGUUUAGUUCAUUUCUUAAUUUGGGCACUUUUUAACACUCGUCCCCAGUCCACUCAUCAACUUCAGAAUGGCUAAUUGUGUGAAACAAAAGUACGGGAUAAAUCACCGGGGCUUCAGUGGCGCAGUUGUCAGAGCAUGCGUCUUUCACCUAUGAGUUCCUGGGUUUGAUUCUCGCUUCGGACUCAUGUGAAAAGAGUCAUGCAACACUCUGCCGAAAGUCGUGGCUUUUCUCCGGGUGCUCCGGUUUCCUCCCACAGGGAAAGUUGACAGGGUGGGUUAUUACAUGGCAAGCAUCACUUCCGGCGAAAUGGCGGACUGUGAUUGGCUGAGAAGCACUUUCAGCGGUCCAUUUUUUUCCCGUAAUGGACCGGCGGUCCAUUAGUCAAACGCAUGCAUUUUAAAGCAAAACAGCAAAACUUAUUGAAAUUUUGAAAAUUAGAAUUUAAUUUGUUAUUAAUAAGAUAUCUGCGAAUGGUUUUAAGUGGAAAAGAAGGAAUAUAUUGGUAAUUUUUGUUUUCUUCGACUAAAUGUGUACCACGCUGCUAAUAUGCAUUUCAAAUCGUGCAUUUCUUGUUUGUUUCAAGUAUAAAUGCCUAUAAAAUUAAAUGCCAUGUAAUAAACUUUUUUAUUAACCUCGCUUGCUCGGUCUUUACAGAGAAAUAUCCGACCUCGGUCUUUUUGUACAAAUAUCCCCCUACGGGCUCGGUCUGUACAAAAAAAGACCUCGGUCCAAUAUUUCUCUGUAAAGACCUUGCGCUCGGUUAACAAGAAGUUAAUAAUAUCACAAUUGUUGUAAAGAUAAAUAGUCUAAGCUUAGUAGUUAAUAUAAGUAAGCGUGAUUCUCGCAUUCCUGUUUUAUAACCGAAUAUUUUUGCUCAAAAAUGUUUUGGCUCAAUUGACCAUUCCCCAAUUAACCAAAAUUUUGAUCUCAACAAGUCUAGACAAAAUUCCAUCAUAGCAUGAAAGAGCAUCACAAAAUUAGUAAUAUUCCAAAGUUUCAUUGCGAAAUUUGCAAUUUUCAGUCAUAUGGUUACCACUUUUCCAAACUUUUGAUCUUAACUAGCCUAAACAAAAAUUUCAUCACAGCUUGAAGUAGCAUCACAAAAUUAGUAAUAUUCCAAAGUUUCGUUGCGAAAUGUUGUAAAAUGCGGAUAAUAUAGCCUUGCGAAGUUUGUAAUUUUCAGUCAUUUUGUAUUACGCACAGAAAUGGUAACCAUUUCCUGUUUGUAAUCUAAAAUGACUGAAAAUAGCAAACUUCGCAAGGCUAUAUCCGCAUUUUACAACAUUUUGCAACGAAACUUUGGAAUAUUACUAAUUUUGUGAUGCUCUUUCAAGCUGUGAUGAAAUUUUUGUCUAGACUUGUUGAGUUCAAAAUUUUGGUUAAUUGGGGGAAUGGUCCAUUGUUUUUUCCAAGCCGCACUCUAUAUAUACAUUUGUCAUGUUAUCAUUUGAAUAAUAAAAUUGGAUUCACUGAGAAUCUUCUCAAUUAUAAUCUCAAAUUAUAAUCAGACAUAUGCUAUAACAACGCGUCACCAACACCCGUUCUGAUGUCUUUCUUGUAGUGCAUCAAGCCCACAACCCAGCAACUUUACGACAAUGGCUCAUGUAAGAAAACUGGAUAUAAUUGAUCAAGUCAAAACUUUGUUAAUACACGGUAAGUUUGAAUGCUUUUGUAAUGUUCUGUUAUAGCAACCCAUUCUCUUCUUUCAUAUGUGAUACACAUCAUACGCCCAUCCAUGAAUCUACUGUAUGAUGUACAGUAUAUCAUCAUGCCGGUGCACUUUUUUGUUUGUGAAAACCCGACUUUCACCCCACCCCUGACCCUAACCCAUAAGUAAGUAGGUGGGGUGUGCCACAGUUAAUCGUUGAUGGUUUUUGGUAAUCGAAAUGUUGGUUGAGGAAUGCAACUAAUAGUUCUCAAAUAUUUUCAGAUUUGAAAUAUUACUUCACCUCACCUGAGUUUUCUUUCAUUGUAUAGCAAAGUUGAUGAGUUUCUCAGAGAUCUGUAGUGUAUUACAUCCUCCGGCGAAUGAACAGACAGUAUUGAAAUGUAUUCAACAACAUGCUGUGCUUGUUCAGGGAUCAUGGGUUGUAAAGAGGCAAGUACCAUAACAUGACAUGACAUAACAUAACAUAACAUAACAUAACAUGACAUAUUAUAUACCAUACCAUACCAUACCAUACCAUAGUACAGCAUACCAUACCAUACCAUACCAUAGUACAGCAUACCAUACCAUACUAUACCAUACCAGAGCAUGGCAUACCAUUCCAUACCUCAUCUGCCAUACCACACCUUACCAUAGGACACCACAUGACCACACCAUGCCAUACUAUACCAUAACAUACCACACCAUUCCAUACCAAACGCAGCCAUACCAUAGCACAAAAUACCAUACCAUAGCAUAGCAUAGCAUAGCAUACCAUACCAUACCAUACCAUACCACACCACACCACACCAUACCAUACCAUACCACACUAUACCAUAGGUACUUAAUCUAAACAUACUUUGAUAUUAAUUUUAUUCUGGUUCAUUUAGUGAACUAGUUUACCCAAAAGGAAAGACGAGUGCUUUCAGUUGCUCAACUUCAGAAACUCUGUGUAGAGCUCGAGAUUACAUUGUAAGUAGUUUAUACCAUUGUAAAUUUUGGGCGUCAACCUUGACAGUCUAACACAAUGUUAAAACACUUUCGCAUAAAACAAUAUACCAGCGUGCGAUAAUUCAAGAUUUUUAGUCGUACCUGACUGGUACGCCAGUGGUUGUUGCCGCGUACUUGCGCUAGUACAAACUCAAUGCUUAAUGUGUACUUAGUCUUUAUACAAAAAGUACAGGUGUCUGAAAAGUAUAUUCAAACUCCUAGUUAUAACAAGAAGCACAUGCAAUAAGCAAUUCCAGCUUUUAGUUUGUGCAGGGGGUGGGAAGUAAGGUAUCAUAUUGCUGAUUAUGCCGAAAAAAUAAAAAUGACGGAUCCGAGUGAUAGCUUAUACUUGUAAAUAUUGAAAUAUUUCGGUUGUUUCGGCAGUUUUUAAUGAAAUGUUUCAGCAUAAAUUAAAAGCUGGAAUUGCCUAUUGCAUAUACAAACAAUCGUCUUCAACAUGCCUUACAGUAAGUGCUAUCAGUCCAAUCAUGUUUCAUGUCAAGACAUGUCAGACUUACACAUAUAUCGACUAAAUUACGGUAUUGAAUACUUUGGGCUUGGAAUGAUCAUGUGGUACCAGCAAAACAACCCGUACCUCCGGAACGUAAGUACGCGAAUGAUCGCACCCUGAAUAUACAUAUUAGGGAGCUUAAGCAUGUAGGACGGCAACACGACGACGACAGCAACCAAUACAAUGAGCCAAUGAAAAGAAAUAAAUAAUUAAAGCCCCGGGGGAGUUUCAGACGUAGUUGUCGUUCUGUUUACAGCGGCAAAUCACAGAUUUUCACGUCGUUUAUACAACGCCUGCAUUUGAAGCCGUAACAAGUGCAACUUAAAAUUCGGUUCAGUAGAACUCUUCCCAAACAUAAAGCCAAUGUUUUCAACUUCGUAUACUGUAUUAAAUUCGUACGAAUUAUAAUAUACGACAAGUUUUCUUUACUAUCAUUUAUUUGAAGGAAUUUGUUUUGGCCAUCGUCGCCGUGUUGCCGUCCUGCAUGCUUAAGCUCGCUAUUUAUGCAAGACGUGAGAUGGCCAAAUUUAAAAUAUCUCAUUUCAAAAUUUCAUCUUUUUUAGUUAUACAGAUUUACCCAAUCGCGUACGAUUCAACGAAACGACAUAAUAUCUAUGGUGAAGGUAAGCGCCAACCUACAUAACCGUGUUUUUGCACCUCCCCUGAAAAGUCAUGCACUUCCCCCGGGAAAGUUUCAAUGAUAGAUCAAAGUAAAAAUUUGACAUAUUUGGUUGCUUAGGGUGUACGCUUCGUAAAAACUUUUUCUGUAAAAUUGAAACAGUGAUAGCUACUGUAUUCAUCUCUGUGUCAAGUACCCUUUUCAUGCAAUGUUUUGAAAGAAACUUUGUAGUAAUUGUAGUGAAGGGCAAAAUUGGAUGCGUUGUAACUUGUACAGUCAUAAUUCAUUAAUACACUGAUACAUAUGCAUGUGCGCGAGUUACAUGUACAAGUCACGUCGUUGACUUUGGCCCAUUGUAUAAGCCCUAACUUUCCAUGGGGAUCGUGAGCUAGACCGCUGCACCUCCCCUAAAUUUGUUUCUAUUACCUCCCCCACUACAUAUUUCCACCAAAAUCCGGUCUUGGUAACAACACUGCUACAUAUAAACCGAUAUAACUUUACGAUAACGCGAUGGGACAUGUGCCCAAGUUAAGCUAAGAACGCCGCCUCAAUAUACAGUUGAACCUCCCAAAUAAUAUUGUCAUUGUUUUAGUUUAAUAUCUUUUCCUGUUUGUAGCUCACAGAAAAUGAUGUCAACGAUCUCAUUCAGCAGGUAAAAAGAAGUUUAAUGUAGCCAGGAGUAUGGAUUAUAACAAUUUCGUUUGGGUCUGACAAAUGUCGGUGUGUACAGUUGUCCGAAAUUCCGAAAGUCAGCUACCGUUGUCGAUGGAGAUCCCUGUUGUUUUCGAAUUUUCCCCGUGUCUGGUAUAGAAAAACAACAAAGCCACACGCUUAUGAUUUUUCUUUGUGUUUUCCUCAUGAAUUAUAAAUGAGUUUUUGAAAUAGUAUUCAAAAACUCGUUAAUAAUUCAUGAGGAAAACACAAAGAAAAAUCUUAAACGUGUCGUAUCUUUAUAUGUGAUAGAGAUUUCCUUUGAUUUACACAGACUUUAACUUUGCUUUUCUCGACUUACACAACAUAUUUUUUGAAAUUUACUCAGCCAAUGAACUUACUAGAUCAAACACUGCUGCUCAUGUUUUAAAUUGUACUUGUAAAAUUCAAUUAUAUUAAAGGUAGCUACCAGGAGUGUGAAUGUUGGCUGGGAAUUCAAGCUUCCUUAUGAUGAAAAUUUUGUUCAGAGGUAA